UUUAACACAGCGACGUCAAGCAAGAGUGCUGUUGUAUGUGGUGUUUCUACAUAUUUUAUAGUUUUUGUAUUAUGUCUUGCUGUAAAAUAAUGAGAAAUAAGAAAAUGUCUUUUCCUUACCGCUAACAGUGUUUACAUACAUAUAGUUUCAUAUAUAAUCACUGCAAAUGGGCGCACCGUGGCUUAGUGCUUAGCAUGUUCGUUUCAUACCUCCAGGGUUGUUGGGUUCGAUUCCCGCCAUGGCCCUGUGUGUGCGGAGUUUGCAUGUUAUCCCCAUGCUGCAGGGGUUUCCUCUGGGUAUGCCGGUUUCCUCCCGCAGUCCAAAAACAUGCAUGGUAUGCUGCACCAUUUAGCUCCAGAGAGUUAUUACAUCUAGUGCUAAAAAAAAAAUGGGAACUGGAUCAAGCACAAAUAAAGGAAUCACUCUGUAAGUGCAGACAGUGUGUGAUGUACAUUUAGUUUGUAAGAUACUGUAAUGAUUGCAAGAGGGUUGAGUUUAAUCUCCCUUUUCCUCUUGCAAUCUUUACAAAUACUGUCCAAAUAUCAGAAAUGUGCAUGCACUGCAGUGACCUUGUUUCCCAUGCAAAGGCUUAGAAAAGAAAGAAUUAUAUGUCUUCCUUUUCUUUUUAUGGACUAGUUUUGGGUUUUUUGUAUGGUUUUUGAGCUGGAAAUUUUGCUGAAACCUGGUUAAUAAUAUUAGCGCUUCUGUGAUUGCCUCACACACUUCUAUGGGAAACACACCUGCUGUAUUAAAUACCGUUGAACAAAGGGAUGUAUAAAACUCUUUCAGACUAAACUGAUGGCCCGUAUUCUGGAUGACUGUAUGUUGUCGACUGUCAACUGUCCAUUAAAGUAUUGCUCUAAAAAAAUCACUAGAUAGUAGCCUAUAGCAUAAUAUAAGUGUCAUGAGCUUGAGUUAUUGUCUGUGUUUAGAUUCUGUUCAUAUUCUCCCCAUGUCUGCAUGGGUUUCCACCACAUUCUUAAAAAUAUAGGUUCUUUAAUGUUUUUUACAGUACCAGAGGUUUUGCAAAGACUCUUCUUGUCAAGAACCAUUUUCAUUGUAUAGUGUUCCUGAGUUCAGCUGUAUGGUUCUUUGGAGAUUAAAUAUGUUUUUUAUGGUUUGUUAUACAUGCUUCAGAGCAGUGUAAUGGUUCUUCAAGGCGAACCAUAUAAGGUUCUUUGUGGGACUGCGAAAGGUUCUCCUGGCAUCACUCUUAAGAACCUUACUUUGGUUCCUUAAAGUGCUAACUAAAGUUAUUAUAUAUAUAUAUUUUAGAGAUCAUCUUAUAACAUGGUUCCUUGUAGCACUGCUGUGAAGAACCAUUUCUGGGUUCUUUAAAGCAACAGUAAAUAGAUUGCUCUCUAAAGAACUUGAGAGUAAAAGGUUCUUUGUGCAACUUCAAAGAGUUCUCAUAUGGCAUCAGGCUGAAAAACCCUUUUUUUGGUUCUAAUUGGAACUUUUAUUUUUAAUAGUGCAGGUUCUUGUGUUUCCUCCCACCUCCCAAAAACAUGGCAGUGGGUGGAUUAGCCAAGAUAAAUUCCCCCUAGGUGUGACUGAGUGUAUGAAUGUGUGUGCAUGGUGCCCUGAGAUGGACUGGCAUCCCAUUCAAGAUGUAUUCCUGCCUCACACCCAGUGUUAGGCUCUGGAUUCACCGUAACCCUGACCAGGAUACCGUGGUUACUGAAAGUGAGUAAUUUGUUUAGUACCCAUGAAAUGGAAGUCAUUUGUCAAUAUGCCAGUAUCGUGGAUCAUACACUAAAAAGUAGCCAGGUUGUGUGCAAAAUCUUGCAACUUGACUCUAACUGCCAGGGUUUACUGGUGCUAUAAAGCCUCCUCUCUCCCCCGCUGAAGAAGUAAACGAGUGUUGUCAGCUAGGCCUAAAAUUCAUAGUGAGGCCAAACGUUUAUGUAAAUCAUAAAUAUGUGGCUUAUAACAUUUUAGUGUGGUUUUAAUUGAAUGACUGUGGUUUCCUCUUCCCCUUGCUGUUUCUGGAAGUUCACUGCAAUCAGAUUGCACUGAUGGAAAUGCAGGCCCCUGCAAUAUACAAAUAGCAUACAUACUGUAUGGGCAAGAAAAAGUAAAAUCAAUAUUGUUUUUACUUUAAGGUUUACUAUAACACCAACCAACCCUAGAAAGAAAUUUUACGAUUUUAAACAAUCUGUAUUAGACCCAAACUCAUUUCAGGUCCCAGGAAAAUGUCAUAAGAACAGUUAGGAAACUGCAAACUGCAGUAUACAGUUGCACUGAUGUACUGGAUGAGAAAAUGUCUUUAACUCGAUUAGUGAAACAAAAGCAGCGAGUCUUUGGGUUUAAAAUGCCGUAAGACAUAUAUUAGAGUUAUAUUAGUGUAUAAGUGACCUGUUUACCGCAUAUUGGUGUUAGAAAUAGCCUACAUUAAAGAAAUCUUAAAUAUUCGAUACACUGCACCGUCAACAUCGAUUAAAGCAAUAAUUUAUUUUCCUUUACAUUGCAAAUUGUGCCUUGAACGACAUGAGAGAAAGUGGGAGUGAGAGUAACUGAGCGCGCGCGCGCGUGUGUGCGUGCGUGUGUGUGUGUGUGUGUGUGUGUGUACGCUGAGGCUCAGCAUUGCGUGCGAAGAGAGCAGCUUGUCAUUCAGAGGAAUCCGCCACCUGAAACGCGAGGAAGUAAAGUCGGGUAUAAAAGUCAUCUGCCUGGAGCUUUACAAGCUGAUGAACGUUAUUCUUACAGAAUAAUUACAUUUUACUUCCAUGUAAUUAAGUCCAUGGAAUAUAACAUUGCUAGAAUCAUUCUUUGAUUGAUACUUCUCAUAUUUGGGACCUGGCCGAGUACAUUGAUGAAACCCUUUGGAUAUCAAUCCUCUAGCACACCGACUGCGAGAUGAUACCACCGGGAGACUGCAUGUAUGCAGGUCGGAAACGGAGGAAGCCCAUACAGAAGCAUAGAAAGCCUGCACCUGUAAGCGAGAAGUCCAACCCGUCAAAACGGCACAGAGACCGGCUGAAUACAGAGCUAGAUCGGCUGGCCAGUCUGCUACCUUUCCCACCUGAGAUCAUCUCCAAACUGGACAAGCUUUCUGUGCUGCGUCUCAGUGUCAGUUAUCUUCGUGUCAAGAGCUACUUCAAUGCCAGUCAAGAGAAGCAGUUGAUGAAGCACCUCAGCCCUCCGUCCAUUAAUGACAUCAUGGUUGAAACUAUGUCACCUGUGCCUUGUACAUCUGAGAGUGAGCUGCUGCUGGAGUCCCUAACAGGCUUUGCUCUUGUUGUGAGCAGUGAUGGAAUGGUCUUCUAUGCUUCCUCUACUAUAGUGGACUAUCUGGGCUUCCAUCAGACUGAUGUGAUGCACCAGAACUUCUUUGACUACAUUCACGUAGAUGAUAGGCAGGAGUUCAGGCAACAGCUCCACUGGUCCAUGAAUCCCUCAAUGACCUCUGAUCAGGAUUCAGCCACAGGAAAUGGUGAGGACUUUGUGCUUAGCAGUUUAUUCCACUCCCAGAAUGCAGCUGGUGUUCCUCCAGAGUUUUCUUCCUUCCUUAACCGGUGUUUCAUCUCGAGAGUGCGCUGUCUGCUGGACAGCACCUCAGGAUUUCUUACUAUGCAAUUCCAGGGUCAUCUAAAGUUCUUGUAUGGACAGAAGAAGACGGCAUCUGGCACUUCCUUACCCCCACAGCUUGCUCUGUUCUGUGUGGCCAUGCCUCUGUGCUUUUCCUCCAUCACAGACAUGAAGAUGAAAAACACAAUAAGGGGCAAGCACAAAAUCACAGGCAAUAACAUGAUCAUAGAUCAUAGUGACAGAGAACAGCACUCAAGAAGGCACUCAGUGAUGAAUGAAGGCAGAGACACACUCUUUCUGAAUUCUUCCACUCCAGUAGCCACCUUACUCCACCAUACACCCUGGGCACCAUUUUCCAAAGAAAAUGUCAAAUUCAAGAUUGAAGACUACUAUGGUAAGGAAGAGCCUCUUAACAUCUGCAAGGACUCUUUAGGUAGCCAGAAAGUCCCUCAUUUGGACACAACAUGGCCUCCCAGAGGCUCUUAUGGGCCCUUCUGCACUGGUCAUGGAGUCAACUUGUUGCUUGGUGGUAGAGUAAGCAAGCAUGGUCACUAUGGGAAGCCCUACAAAAUAUCCCCAAUGUAUUACAACAGCACAACGGAGCUUUAUAUUCCAAAGAUCUAUGGGAGUCUUCCACCCCAAGAAGUGGUGGAAGGUAAUUAUGUGGACAGCAACAAAAGUGAAAAUGCCUGUCAUGAGGAACAAAGACAAGUCUAUGAUGCACAUCUGAUAGCUGAGUUACCAAUCAAGGUAGAGCAUGACUCUGAUGCUGAAAACGAACGUGACUUUUAUGACCAGGCCUGGACAGCCCAAGAGCAUAAUAACAGCUCUUAUGAUGGCCUACAAAUGAAAGCAGAAGAUAGUUACUAUGAACAGUACAUACCUUGCCAAAAAAGCACAGGGAGUAAUGGACAAUUGUACAAUAACCAGUACCCAAAUGCCUUUGGAGCAACUACACAACCUCUAAAGUGCAUCCUUGAUAAAGAUCCAGAAUAUCUCCGUCCCCAGAGGUUGGGACAUGUACACCCACUCAACAGUAGCCAAAGUGCUAACUGUAUGGACAGCUACAAUGAUGGGACUAUGGAACACAAGGGCUCCAUACAUCAAAAUUACAAACUUGGCUAUCAGCUCAAAGGACAAGGACUGCUUCAUUCCAUCAAGCGCGAGCCUAUGGAUUCUCCACCCUGGCAUGUAAAUGAAUAUGAACAGAUAGUUGGGCAAUGGAAUAUGAUGCCAAAUUGCAGAUUGAAUCUAGGGGAGCCCAAAGCUAAUCCAUAUGUCUUUAUGCAAUAAUGUAACAUGACAGUCUGCCAUAUGAUGGCUACUUCUGUUAUCAUUAAUGAACCAAAGAUCAAAGAUGCUUAAUUAAACUUUUAGCAAACACUUGUGGUUCUUUUUUUUUAAAGGUCAACUUUUCCAGGAUAAUUACACAGGUUCUUUACAUUUCAGGAAAUGGGGCAGGAUUAUUUUGUAUUAAAUAAAUGUAUUAAAUUUGUAUUUUAA